AUGAGCCACCUCGACCUCUCUUCAGCAUUGGCAGCGGCCGUUCGGGAUCGUGACAUCCAUUCAGCAUUCACAGCGGCCGUUCGGGAUGGCUGUCGCCAGCGUCUUCAGCUCCUACGAGCCAAACCAGCCGCCCAAGACCCGACAUGGCUCGCGGAAUGCGAGGCUGUUAUCGUGUCAACCCACGACAAGGUCAUCGCUUCCAUCGCAACAAGUGAAUCCAGCGUCUCGGCUCUGCUGCAGCGGUACGAUCGCCUGACACAAGAGAUGGAGGAACUACGCGCCGUCGCAACCGUGCUAGCAGACGAGCGCAUGUCCACUACGGAGGAGGUGGCCCGGCUUUAUACCGAACUGUCGACAUACCAGGACGACCGCAUGCGCACGCAUGCGCGAGUAGCCAUCGAGAAGUGCCUGCAGGAAUAUAAUCUGCUUCUCGAUCAGUUACAGGCCCAGGCAGCCGACGUCGCCGAUGUCAUGAACCGGUACAUGCAGGAGCGACUUGCCAUCCCAGACCUCGUAGCAAAGCAGUAUGAAGAACUUAUGCACCGAGCAUUGGACGGGUUCUUGGAUCAGGGUUAUACUGCGGUCAUGGGUCAGAUAUACUAG